CCUCCUCAGUCCCUUUCCCUUUGGUAACUGUUAGUCCAUUCUUGGGUUCUGUGAGUGUGCUGCUGUUUUGUUCCUUCAGUUUUUUCUUUGUUCUUAUACUCCACAGAUGAGUGAAAUCAUUUGGUACUUGUCUUUCUCCGCAUGGCUUAUUUCACUGAGCAUAAUACUCUCUAGCUCCAUGUUGUUGCAAAUGGUAGGACUUGUUUUCUUCUUAUGGUUGGAUAGAGUAUUCUUGGUUGGCAGUUUUUAUCUUGGAAUACUUUGAAUAUGUCAUUUCAUUCUCUCCUGGCCUGUAGAGGUUCUGCUGAGAAAUUUGCUGAUAGCCUAAGGGGGGAAGAGUUCCUUUGUAGGUUACUUUCUUUUUUUACCCUUGCUGCCUCUAGGAUUAUUUCUUUAUUAUUGAUGUUUGGCUGCUUUAGUAUAAUGUGCUCUGGAUAAGGCCUUUUGUGUUGGAAUGAUAAGGUGAUCUGUUAGCUUUAUGGAUUUGUAUAUCCAAUUCUUUCCCCAAGUUUAGGAAGGUCUCAGCUAUUAUCUCUUUAAAUAAACUCUCUGCCGCCUUCUUGUCUCCUUCUGGUAUACCCAUUAUACUUCGGUUGGCUAAACUAAUGGAAUGUGAUAGUUCUCCAUAGGGUUCGUUCCCUUUUAAAAACUCUUAGUUCUGUCUCUUCCACCUGAGUCGUAUCUAGAUUCUCAUCUUCGAACUUGGCUAUUUGCUCUUGCAUAUGAUCUGCUCUAUUUCCAGUGCUUCCUAAUUCAUUCUUCAUCUGAUUUAUUGAGUUCUUUAGUCCCAGAAUUUGUUUAGUUCUUUUUAAAAAUUUCUAUCUUUGGUAAAGUACCCCUUCUGUUCAUUCAUUUUAUUCCUGGGUUCAUUUAAUUCUUUCGGAGUUUUCUUGUUCAUUUAAUUUCUUCCUAACAGCUGUUUUGAAUUCUUCAUCAGAUUGCAAUCUUCUGUAUCUUUGUGUUUGGUUGCUGGAGAAUUCUCUUUUUCUUUUUGUGACAGUGCACUACCAUGACUUUUCACGGUGUUUGAUGACAUGUGCCUUUGCUGGUACAUUUGAAGUAGCCAACACCUUUUUUAUUUAGAUAAAGCUUUCUUUGUACACCGUCCAAGUUUGGCAGUUAAAGGACUUUCUUUCAUUUUCCAGCAGGUGGCACUAUAGCACAAAUUUUGGGGUUCUCUUAAGGGAGCUGCUCAGUGGCUGCAUUUGAGAGAGCGCUCAAAAAGACGAGGAAACAGGGCUGGCAGCAGAGUGGGGAGGCUUGUGUCCGGCCCUGGAGGCUUCGGGUAUGCCUGUAGCCCUGGUAGGGGGAGCCUCAAGGGAGGGAGUCUCUGAGGCCAGAGUGGGCCUCUUGCUGACUCGCAGGGCUGACAGGAGGGAAUAACGGGUGACUUGCUGCUUCUCUGCCCUCCUCCUCUGCCUUUCCCUCCCUGGUCAGGUGUCUGGCUCCAGAGGACCAGGCAGCACUAAAGAGCAAGGAGACCCCCCAGCUGUGGCCUGUGGGGCCAGGUAGGCUUCCACUCCUCACUUCCCUCCUCUUUGCCAGAGAGUCACUGGUGCUACUGGGUCACCUCUGCUGGUGCCUCCAGGGUCACUGGGCUCCUUAGUGCUGUAUAGAAAUCAGUUUUGUUAUUUGUUUCCCUCUUUUUCUACUUAGCCUUCAAGGAGCGCAUCCUUCCCCAGGGAGGGAGACAUGUCAGCCAGGCAUCUCAGGGACACAUGAAAAGCCCAGCGCCAUAGUGUGGGACAGAUACUGCGGUGCGUGAGCACUGUGAGUGUAGUUAGAAUGUUUUCUAUUAUAUCAAGUAGUUUCUAUGUGAAACAUUUGAAUACCACUUUAAAAGAUAUUCAUGGAUUUAUUCUGCCAGCAAAAAUGGGAGAUUUUUUGCAAAGUAACCAAAAAUAGAAGGAAAUAACAUCAGACAGAUGAGCUUAAGGCAGUAGUCCCUCACUGGUGUCGUCUGUCCUUCUUGGAGUCUGCCCUGACCACUUCAUGGUGUGUGGGCCUGUUGUCCAAAGAUGGAGUACAGGCUUAGCCACUUUCUUGCAUCUCAGCUUCUUCAAUGUUUGUACAUCCUUUUAGAAAAUUUAAGUAAAAUCUUUAGCAAGUUGUAUUAGUAUUUCUUAGCCCACUACAUAGUGUAUCUGCCGUACCCUGAGAAUCAUCACUGCUUUGUAUUACCCAGACAGCAUGUCCCUGGGGAGAUGAAGACAGGCUGCAGUCACUGUCAGCAGAUGGUUGCAGUGCUCCCUUCGCGUUCUUGCCUCCUGCGUCCUUCAGCAGCUCCUGGGAGCUGUCCAGCAGCCUCAGCCCUGGGUUUGCAAGGCUUGGUGCAGAGAUGGUGUCAGUGUCAUUCAAGGAUGUGACUGUAGCGUUCAGCAGGGAGGAGUGGCAACAAUUGGACUGUGCUCAGAAAAGCCUCUACAGGGAUGUAAUGGUGGAAAACUAUUUUAACUUGAUCUCAGUGGGUUGUCAAGUUCCCAAACCAGAAGUCGUUUUCAAUGUGGAGAAAGGAGAAGACCCAUGCAUGUUGGUUGGUGAAGUCUCAAGGCCAAGCUGGCUAGAUGGGGAUAUUCAUUUUGAAACUUCACAAAAAGGAAUGUCUAAAGAAGUCAAAAUCCAGUUUGAGAAAAUUAAUCUCUUCCCAAGAGAUAACCCAUAUUCCAUUUUAGAAGUAUUGUGGCAAGAUGAUGAACAGACAAAGAGAUAUGAGGAAAACCAGAAUAAAAACUUAAGUCAUGUUUCCUUCAACAACAGGGAAACACCAGCUAAUGAGAAGUGUGAAUAUAAGAAUAUUGGGAAAAUAGUUCAUGUAAAUGCACACCUUAUUCCUUCAAGAAAAAGACUCCAUAAGUAUGAUUCAUUUGGAAAGAGUCUGAAGCCAACUGUAAACUUACGUACAUAUAAUACAAACAAUACAACACAAAAUCUUGAUAAGAUCAUUGGAUAUGGAAAUAUUUUCACUCAUACGAAUUUUUAUACAGAAAUGAAUGCUUGUGAAUGUGAUCAGUGUAAGAAACUUCUUAAUCAUACGCAAGCUCCCAUUCAAGAUGAGAAACUUCAUGCUGAGAAGCACCUCUAUUUAUUUUCUGACUGUGUAAAAAUUUUCACCAAGAAGUCACACCUCUUUGCACAUGAGAGUAUUUAUACUGAAGAGAAACAGCAUCAUGAGUGCAACAAAUGUGAUAUAGUCUUCACUCAGAAAUCUCAACUUGCUGUACAUCAGAAAGUUUAUACAGGAGAGAAACCCUAUAUAUGCACUGAAUAUAGGAAGGACUUUUCUCUCAAGUCAAACAGUGAAAAAACUCAUACUGUGGAGAAUCACUCUAAAUGCAAUGAAUAUGGAAAAGCCUUUAACCAGAAGUCAGAUCUGCUCAGAUGCCAGGAAAUUCAUACAAAAGAAAAAUCCUAUGACUACAAUAAAUGUGGGGAAAAUGUCUUUCAGAAUGCAAACCUCAGUAUAUGUAAAAAAACUCAUACUGGAGAGAAACACUUUAAAUGUAUUGAAUGUGGAAAAGCCUUUACAAGAAAGUCAACACUAAGUAUGCAUCAUAAAAUUCAUACAGGAGAAAAACCCUAUGAAUGUUCUGAGUGUGGGAAAGCCUUUAUCCGGAAGUCACAUUUUAUUACACAUGAGAGAAUUCAUACUGGAGAGAAACCUUAUGAGUGCAGUGACUGUGGGAAGUCUUUUAUAAAGAAGUCACAACUCCAUGUGCAUCAGCGAGUUCACACAGGAGAGAAUCCCUUUAUAUGUUCAGAAUGUGGGAAGGUCUUCACUCAUAAGACGAAUCUCAUUAUACACCAGAAAAUUCAUACUGGAGAGAGACCCUAUAUAUGUACUGAAUGUGGGAAGGCCUUUACUGACAGGUCAAAUCUCAUUAAACACCAAAAAAUUCAUACUGGGGAAAAACCCUAUAAAUGCAGUGACUGUGGAAAAUCAUUCACCUGGAAGUCACGGCUCAGGAUACAUCAGAAAUGUCAUACUGGAGAGAGACAUUAUGAGUGCAGUGAGUGUGGGAAAGCCUUCAUCCAGAAGUCCACACUAAGUAUGCACCAGAGAAUUCACAGAGGAGAAAAACCCUAUGUUUGUACUGAAUGUGGGAAGGCCUUCUUUCACAGGUCACAUUUCAUUACACAUGAGAGAAUUCAUACUGGAGAGAAACCCUAUGAAUGUAGUGACUGUGGCAAAUCCUUCACUAAGAAAUCACAGCUGCAUGUGCACCAACAAAUUCACACAGGAGAAAAACCCUACAGAUGUGCUGAGUGUGGGAAGGCUUUCACUGACAGAUCCAAUCUCUUUACACACCAGAAAAUUCAUACUGGGGAGAAACCCUAUAAAUGCAGUGACUGUGGAAAAGCCUUCACUCGGAAGUCAGGCCUCCAUAUACAUCAGCAGUCUCAUACUGGAGAAAGACAUUAUGAGUGCAGUGAAUGUGGGAAAGCCUUUGCUAGAAAAUCAACUCUUAUUAUGCAUCAGAGAAUUCAUACAGGAGAGAAACCCUAUCUUUGUACUGAAUGUGGGAAGUCCUUCAUCCAGAAGUCACACUUAAAUCGACAUCGAAGAAUUCAUACUGGAGAGAAACCCUAUGAAUGCAGUGACUGUGGAAAGGCCUUCAUUAAGAAAUCACAACUUCAUGAGCAUCAUCGAAUUCACACUGGAGAGAAGCCAUAUAUAUGUACUGAAUGUGGGAAGGCCUUCACCAUCAGAUCCAAUCUUAUUAAACACCAGAAAAUUCAUACUAAACAGAAACCCUAUACAUGCAGUGACUUUAGAAGAGCCUUAGGCUGGGAACCACAACUCAGUAUACGUCAGAAGUCUGAAUCCGGGGAAGUAGAGUGCCCAGUACCACAAUCAUGGGGUGAGGAUACAAAGUUGUGAGGUUACCGCAUGACUAAGAAGCAGGAGGUAACCAAAGGCACCUUUCCUCUAUCUGGUCAGAAGUGCAAGUAUCUGGGUCACAUAGCUGAUUGCCAGUUACAAAUCUGGGGAGACACUUUGGAGAAAGUGUUGGAGCAAUGUAUAAUGGUCAUGCCUAGUUGCUGGACAGAUACUAGGACUGUCAAGCCCCCGCAAAUAAUAUGCAAGGAAUGACUUGGCAGUCUGUCUUGUCUCAUGUUUUGGAUAAGCAGCUUUAUAAAUUUAGGGCUGUUGAGUUUUUCAUGCCCUGGGUAGGAAAAAUAGUAUUGACCAAAGGAAUUUCUUCAUAGAGUGCUAAGUGUCAUUGUCUAACUAUCCUAAAGACACUGAUAUCAAGGCAAAAGUGUAGAAUGCUCAAGUCUAUAAGGUAGAGAAGCCAGAAAUUUUUGUGAAAAUUGACAUUAAAGACGCAAAGAAAGGACUCUCCUUUUUUUCCUUUGGGAAGUCACAUUAUUUAUAGUACCUACUAGAAUGUGGACUUUGGAUAAAAAAUUUUUAAUUUACAAUUUGACUUUGAGAUUGUCAAAUUAAAACCCCAGGCUUACUGAAUAUUCACAGUCAUCUUUAGGAAACCAGUGUGUUACCUUGUUUAUUAAUUCCUUGCCCCAUGGCAAGAGGUAACUUUCACUCAAGAGGUAUAAAGUGCUCCCAGCCUGUAUCCCAAAAGUGAUGAUGUAAGCAGUAGCCCCAUAAAUUACUUUUCACCAUAGAACUGGCCUGAGAUCAUGGAACACAGGUUACAGAUCUGGAUAUCAGCAUUUUGAAUUCCUAGCCUUGUCCAUGGAAACCUAUACUAUUCACUGAUUUUUGAAAAAGAAACAAAACACGGCUUUCAAAAUCUAAAAUUUUUUCUUUCCAAUUUUGUUAAUACAUUCUCUAUGUAUUCAUUACACAUUAGGUUACUAUAGGACACAACUGUCUUGCAUUUGAGCUUGGUUUUUUGAGAAGAAAUAAUAUAGUUACACAUUUGGAAGAAUACUCCUAUCCCCUCCCAAUCUCUACAAAUUAAUCUUAAGUUGUGUUUUCAAAUCCUCUAUAUUGUAGACAUUUUUGUCCUUUAUCUGAUAUACUAAAAGAAGUAUGUUAUAAUCUAAAAUAAUCAUAAAUUUGUCUCCCCUUUCAACUUACCAUUUUUACUUUGUACAUUUUGAGUGUUUUUAAAUACACUCAAAUUUAGAAUUCUUAUAGUCUUCCUGGUUAAUUGAAACUUAGUCAUUAUGAAAUGUCCGUUUUUAUCUCUAGUGGUGCUUCUUGCCUUAAUAUUUACUAAGUCAGAUAUUAACACAAUAUGCAAUUUUCACUUAUUAAAGGGUGGUAUAAUUUAGUACUCACACCACUUUUUUGACAAGGUGAGGAAUUAGAGCACUAACUCCAUUUCAUCCCUUCUUGGCUUAUAUGGUAUUGAUGUUAGGCAUUUGAGUACUGUAUAUGUUUAUGCAGCCAUUGUUUCAGUCAGUCACUCAAUCCACGUAUAUACUCUUUCAUUACUUUUUUUUUAUUACUUCUUGUCCUUUAAAUUUCCCUGUAGAAUCAUUUUCCUUCUUACUGAAGAACAAAUAUUAGUGUUUCUUCUAGUGUGUUUGCUAGUGAAAAAUGCUCUUUUUGUUUGUUAGAAAUGUCCUAUUUUGCCUUCAUUUUUGAAGAUACUUUUACAGAAUGCAGAAUUCCAAGUUGGCAGUUACUUUUAUUAGCAUUUUGGAGAUAUUUUGUUAUGGUGUGUCUUUGAUUGUUUUGUUGAAAAGUAAGCUUUCAAUCUUUAUAUAAUGUGCUUUUUUCUCCCUUCUUUUCCCUUGAAAUUCAUGUCUUUGUCUUAGGCUAUCAACAAUUGCACAAUGAUAUGCAGUGAUUUUCAAUGGAUUUAUCCUGCUUGGGGUUUGCAGGGUUUUUUAAUCUGCAGCUUAUUGGAGGGUUUUUGUUGUUGCACAUUUGGGAAAUUUCUAGCUAUUAUUUAUUCAAAGUGUGCAUCUACCUUCCUCUGCUUUGUCUAGAGAUAGUCCCAUUAUCUGGAUCCUCUGUUCACCUUUUUCUAUACACAUCAUUGUUUCUCUUGGGUUUUGGUGCUAUGUUUUCUCGUAUACCUGGUGAUUUUAAAUCAACCAGCAGACACUACAUAUUAAAAAUUGUAGAGUGAUAAUUAGAUGGUCUGGAUUAUAUCAUCUUCCAGAGAGGAUCUGCCUUUGCUUCUAACAGGUGAGUAGGUGAGAACACUGGAAAUCGAUAGCAUUCGUCUAGUUAUGUAUUAAGAUUAUUUGAAACUGAUCUUCAGUCCCUGUGAAGGCUCAUCUUUUUUUAUUUCCCCUCAGUCUUAUUAUUAAGACUUAGGACUUGGGAGACUUAUCAGGUCCCUCAGACUUGGAAGGACCUUUUUUCUAGUAUUUGUCCCUUUAUAAAGGCCAAUAAAUUUACAAAAAAACUCAAACUUUCUUGCCCAAUUUUGCUUUAAGAAUGAAUUAGGAAACACCUCUUUUUAAUAAACAUUUCCAAAUUCCAGAAGCUAUGUCUUAUCUCUUAUUCCUACAUUUUCUCUCUUGGUAACUGUCCAGUGUUAUCACAAAAUUUAAUGCAUUUAAUGUGUUCUUCCACCUUUUUCAGUUCUUAAAGGAAGUACUGGUCCAUAUAGUUUUCAAUUAGCUGAAAUAACUGUUUCCAUUUAAGAAGUGUGGAGUCCAGAAAUGUUUUUUAAAUCACCAAAACUUUCCAAAUUAAAAAUGAAAAUGCUCUGAUUUGUGAUAAUUAUUUUAUUCCCAGUUUUUGUUGCUUAAAGGUGAAGGCAUUCAUUCUUUAAAGUUAAAGACUUUAGAAACUUUGAUACGUAAGAGAAAAUCCCUUCUGGUCAAAUUUUAUGAUAGUAGCUGCCAAAUUUUAACAAAAGGAGGUGAUUGACUAAGAGCCUCUCAAAUUUCUUUAAUAAUAGGGUUUUUUCCUUUGGAUAAUUAACAUAAAAUGAGGUUAAUGAAGACUGGUCUAAGAGCCCAGGGGUUGAAUAUAAGAAUUUCAAAGAUUAAUAGGAUUACUGAGAUAGUGAUUCUCAGGGACAUGUUAAAAAAAUAAAAUUCUACCAAGCCAAAAUAAAAGAUAAAAAAGGCAAAAAGACACUUUACCUUUUGUUAGCACAGUAUUAAUAUGUAGUAGAAAGAAAAACCUUCUUUCAUAGGCUUCCAUUAUCUAUGUCAAGGGACACUUGGCAGUCGAUCAGGGAGCUGACGGUGGACAGUCAUGAGCGGGAUGGGGGCUGGAUCUCAGGGUGGGGUUCCAAGGUGGGGGUGCACGGAGGGCGUGCAGGCUGCGGACUUCACCGAGAAGCACUGUGAAUCAGACAUACCCUUUCAUGCCAGUGCUGAUACAGUUCAUUUGUAUUUACAGCAAAAUUAUUUUAAAAGUUCUACAAUCUAAUAAAAAAUGAACUUUUAAUUUUUCAGAAAGGAAUUUCAUUCUGUGAAUAAAUGUAAGAAAACGUACACUCAAAGCAGUGUUUAAUUAUACAUCAGAUAAUUCAUAGGGGAGAGUAGUAUUUUUGUCUUACUAAAUGCAGGUAGGGCUUCAUUCACAAAUCAUAUACUUUAUUACAUAGCAUAUAUGCUGGAGAGAGACCUUAUGAAUACUAUCACUGUAGAAAAUCAUCCACUGAGAAGUCAACUCCCUGAACAUCAGCAUAUUCACGCAUGAGAGAAAUAACAGGUCAAAUCUCAUUAUGCACCAGAAAUUCAUUUUGGAGAGAAAAAUCUGUAAAGGGGGACUGGAACCAAACCCUUUACCUGGGGGUUAUCAGAAAAUUUCUGCUGAGACAAAAAAGUCUCACAUAAGUGAACCAAUUAUAAAUUACUCGUACUACAGAAAAGCCUGUGAUUAUUGUAUAUGCAUAUUAUAUGUCAAAACCACCUUACUGGACAUGAUAAGUGAGAAGAAUAGGUAUUCUAAGAAUACAUAAUUUUCUUAAAAUGCCAUAAAAUUCAUAUGGGAGGAAACUAGUUUGGUACAGUAGAAGUCCUAUAGAACCAAAUUCCACAAGAAAUAGAAGCAAAUCCAUAAAUAAUUCAUUGUAUUUAUUGGUUUAAUUUCAUGCCUUUGUCUCUAGAACCAAUGAUGACAAAUAGCCCAACAAUUCCUUUAAUUGAAAAUUUUUUCACACACGUGUGUGCACACAUAAAACUGCAUAAGUGUGACUUCUGGAAUAUAUUUUAUCUCUUGCAUUUUGUACUUUCUCCACUCAUAGUAACUCCAGCCACACCAACAGGUUGUCAGCAGAUAAGCAAUGCUAGUCAGCUUCAUACUGUUUCUUUCACAGUCCAUACACAUUAAUACAUUAUCUGUGCACACAUGUGUUUUCAUUGUCAGUGGGAUUGUAUACAUGUUUUUGCAUCUUUUGUACUCAACAAUAACUUUACUAGCUGAAAAGUGUCUGAUGUGGACACGUUGUAAUCUGUUCAACCACCUUGCUACUGUUAAUUCACAUUUUUGUCUAUAGGAAAAGUGGUCUGAUAGCCACCUCCAAGAGGUGGCACAGAUAAUGGCUUAGUGGGAAGGCAUAAUCAAGCCCUUACCCACUGGGGCUUUUUUUUUUUCCUUUGUAACAUACUUCCAGCAGUGAGAUGAGUAGAUUGAAUUGUCCUCUUUUAAUAGAAAUUAUCCAGAUUUCUUUGGAGUAAGAUGGUAGCAUUUCAUAUUUCCAGUGUUAGCAUAUAAAUGUACUCCUUCUCUGUGAGUAGCUGUUUUUAUAAGUUUUAUGAUUUCAAAGUGAUCACUAAUUUUAUUAAUUUGCAUAAUAUACUUCUUUACAUUUAACUUGGUAUUCUUUAAGUUGCCUUCAUACGCCACUUAUAUUUAUCUUUUUGGAUUGUCUUGUCAAUUUGUACCAGGUUUUUAUAUGUUAAAGAUAAUAACUCCUUUAAAAAGGGCUAAGCUUGUCUCAACUUUGUAUGUAUUUCUCCAUUCACAUAAUUUUUACAUGUUUAUGUCUGUCCAUUUUUUUACAUUUUCCAAACUAGUCUUAGUUAAGCUUCACAUAAUAUGGGUUUUAAAAAAUAUUUUUUUUAAAUGAAUAUUUUGUAUGUUUUGGGAAAGUUAUUUAAUUUUUUUUAGACGGGGUUAGCCACUUUCACAGUUACAGAUCAUGUUGGUUUGCUGAGCAAUUCUAAUACUCCAUCCACCCCUACUAAUUUCACUAGAAUCUUUUGAAAAUGGCAGUGGCCAGAUGCUCUGACUCAGGCCUGAAGAAGCCAAACACUGGGAAAUGUGUCCUGGGAAAACUUGCUUUUUUAAGAAAAGGGACAGAUUUAGCUAAUGGGAAAUGUCCAUCAAGAGUGGGUAAGCAAAAUGUGGCAUACCCAUAAAUGAAUGCUACAACACUUUUCAGCAAUAAAAAAGAAUAGACUGCUGGUGUAUGUGACAACAGAUUAAUUUCAAUAUCAUUUUGAGUAAAAUGCCAGAUAUAAAAGUUAUUUACUGAAUGAUUGCAUUUAUAUGAAAUUCUAGAAAUGCAAAUAAAUUGUGAAGUGAAAAAAUUAGAUAAAUGGUUGCCUGGGACUAGAGGCUGAGGAAAAGAUGGCAAACAAAAGGAUAGCAAUCUUUUGGUAUGAUGAUCUGUACUUUUGUUGUGUUGAUUUCACAGAUGUACAAACUCAAAAUGAAUUGAACCCUAAAUGGAUGCAGUUUACUGUAUGUAAGUUGUUACAUGAAUAAAGUUGAUUUGUAAAGAUAA